GCUUUCGGUAGCAACCAUCCGGCUUUCGGAAUAGUUUCUGGGAAGUGAAAGUGUAAUUCGAAGAAGAAAGUUUUGUUUCCAGUUAACAUGGAUAAAAUAUGCCGAAGUCAGUUACCAGAUUCAUCCUCAUCACCCCCGCUUAGUGGCUUGAAUUUCCAUAGCUUUGACGAGGAUCUCAUCUCGGAUUUACCGUCGUGUGUUUAUGCAAACCAUCAGCUGGGCGCAGCGACGGCUACCAAUGCCAGUGCCGCCAAUCUGAGAUUGAACACCAGCGGUUUGCGGCAAAUUCAGCAUCAAUAUCUACAUCAUAAUGAUUGUCUGGAUACACCAGGACCUGCAAGUGCUGCUCUCUCAACAUCAAUUGGACAUCCGUACAACACUGCACCGUACAAAAUCCAGCGACAGCAAACUAGCGUACGCGAACGAAAGAGGGUACUGCGGUCUGCUCCCAACGGCAGCAUAAACUCAGCGUUUGACGAGCUUCGAGUUCACGUACCAACCUUUCCGUACGAGAAACGUCUAAGCAAAAUUGAUACACUCCGGUUGGCGAUUGCGUACAUCGCUCUGCUGCGGGAAGUCCUGGAAGCCGACUACGACCCUCUAACGUACGUGGAAAAAUGCCUCCGCGGGGAGAUCAAAGCAGACCACGCCCACUGGAAUACGAGUGAUCUAACUGCACGUCUGUCGUGGAUCAAUUGGGAGAAUUUGGGUGUUCACCCAGGACGCCGUACUAUACUAACGUCACUUGCACUUGGAUCGUCGGAUAAUUUAGGCUGCGGUCCACCACCUCAUCUGAUUUAAUUCAAGUGAUUGAACUCAAACAACAUAAGCUGUAUACUCCGCGUUAUGUCUUCCGUUGCAAAUGCUCUAGUCUCUAUGUUAGUGUAAAAACUGACCUAGCAUAAUUAUUUCAUUUUAGUUUAGUUGUGAUAUUGUUCGUAAGCAAAAGCAGUAAUUUUUUUGUUCCAUGCCAAAAUUGUAUUGUGAUCUAAGCAAUGCUUGAAACAUCAAAUCAAUAAAUAUCAAACAACAUAGC